GCCACUACAUGAGCUACAUUGUAUAUGCGGUUUAAUGGUCGCGGGGUUUCUUCAGCCGCCCUCUUAACUUCUUAAGUCUUAUCUCACACUGUCGUGUUUUGUCUUGUGGCGGUCUAAUUUCACUAUCGGAGGUGGACAUUUGUUGCCAGUCAAGGCAACAUCUGUUGUUGUUAUUGUUACUUCGUUAAAACAACGCAUGUUAUAGCUGGCCACUAGGGACAGCGAACCUCUGACUCAGCUUGCUGCAGUUCAAGUGGUUUUAUUUAUGUGAAGCUCAUUUCACGAUCAUCUAUUUUUGUUAGAGCCUCAUUUUUUGUGAUGCUCAUUUUGAAAGUGUUUAAAGUUAGAACUUGUAUCAGUAGUUUAUCCAGUGAGAGAGUGAUUUGCUGCUUACUUUGCCGCUUUUAAACUUGCUGAGCCUACUGCUCUAGCUCUAAGUCUAGAUUAGUAUUAGUCUAUUGAACCAUGUAUUGUUCUUGUUUUUUGGGCCCGCGUUGUGACAGUUUAUUUUAGCUGUGUAGUAGAUCUCCACUAGAUCUCCACUAGAUCUCCACUACAAUGGUGGAUGUGCCCCUGGCAAGACCCCUCCUGUGUCAUUGUAUCAUGUCUAGAAUGUCCACUACUUACAACGGCAAAUACGACAUCAGCGACAUAAAGAAACAAAUACAGGAGAUGGCUCAAAAGGUACCGAAGCUGAAGGAACCUAGGUCCCUGUACUGUGUACCACGUGACGUGGUGAUGCCCCGGUGGCCAGUAGGGAUCGACACAGUGUGUCCACAACCAGACCUCACCCACAACAACACUCCUCCACCUUUCAACGAGGAGUUCUACAAACGUCCCUCCGGCGCUAAUUUACGAUUACUAGAGAAAACAGACACGGAUAAACACGAAGGAACGGUUGUGUACCAUCUUCCUCUGAUGCGGUUCCCUUUUUACACUAGAUCUCGCCCCACGGCUGCAUUAGAACCGUGCCCCUUCCCCCUAUCUUGUUACGAUGACGAUGUUCUGAGGUUUGAGUCCCGUUUCGAGUGUGCCAAUCUUUUCAGAGCCAGACGAGUCGGACCCUACGAGUACGAGUUAGAGCUUCGCUGGGACUACUUCACAAUGAAGCACACGCAAUGGUUCUACUUUAGAGUUUCAAAUACAAAGGCUGGCCCUACCUACAAGUUUACAAUUAUUAACUUGUUAAAGUCCGGCAGUCUUUACAACGAAGGCAUGAAACCUCUGUUCUAUUCAGAGAGAAAUGCUAAGAAUAAAAACCUGGGCUGGCUCAGGAUGGGACAUAAUAUUCAUUACUACAAAAACAACAUUAGGAGAAAGGAUUGUAAAGGGGAGAGGUAUCAGUACUCCCUUACCUGGCAGUUCCAGUUCCCAUACACUUCAGAUGUGUGUUAUUUCUCACAUUGUUAUCCUUACAGCUACACUGACCUUCAGAAAGAUCUAUUAGAAAUAGCUAACGACGCAGUUAAGUCGCAGUACGUGAAGCAGCGUAUCCUUUGCCACUCCCUGGGUGGGAACAUGGUCCACCUCCUCACAGUUACCACCCCCUCCACACACCUCACAGAGGCUAAACAGAAGAGAGCUGUGGUGGUGACCGCCAGGGUCCACCCCGGCGAGACUAACAGCAGUUAUAUGAUGAGGGGCUUCAUCAACUUUAUCACAGGUUCCUCGCCAGAUGCUAAAGUUCUAAGAGAUAACUUCGUGUUUAAAAUAGUACCAAUGUUGAACCCAGAUGGCGUGAUAGUGGGUAACUAUAGGAGCUCCUUAGCUGCUAGAGAUCUCAAUAGAAAUUAUAAGAAUCCAAUUAAAGAUGCGUAUCCCAGUAUCUGGAGCGUCAAGGCGAUGAUUAGAAGAAUGUUAACAGAGCGAGAGGUAGUGCUCUACUGUGAUCUGCACGGACACAGUCGCAAAAUGAACGUGUUUAUGUACGGCUGCGAGAACAAGGACCCAGGGCUUCGUCUUCAGGAGAGAGUGUUCCCUAACAUGAUGUCAAGAAACACCAGCAAGUUCAAAUACUCCAGCUGCAGGUUUAAAGUGCAGAAGAAGAAAGAAGGAACAGGUAGAAUAGUUAUGUGGCAACAGAUGGGAAUACUCAACUCCUUUACAAUGGAGGCAACCUUCGCGGGGUACAAUAACGUGCACUUCAACAGUCGUGACCUGGAGGAUAUGGGAUAUCACUUCUGUGAUACACUCUUAGAUUACUGUGACCCUGAUACCAGCAAGGUCGAGCACGUGCUCGCUAACUUAACGCGCAUAGUAAUGUCACAAUAUGCCGCUAAAAUCGGGAAAAGUAUCGAGGAUCUCAAGGACCUUCCCCUCGAAGAUCUGGAUAUAUCAGACCUGGAGAGCAGUGAUGGAGGCAGUGAUAGCUCUGUUUCUGACGGUCCCCCUAAGCUACCUCUGCUCCGGAAGAAGUCAAAAGCUCACUCCGUUGGGGGAGAGAGUUCUACUAAUAAGGAAGAAAAACCUGCAAAACCCAAGUUGGAGAGACGAUGUAGUGUUAGUUCCGCUGAAUCCCCCUCCACCCUCGCCAAACAAGCUCACGGUAUACCAAAACACGCUCAAGAGCGCAUCGAGGAGCGCCAAGCUAAAGUCAACAAGGAUCCCGGCUGUAAUCCUGACUACUCCAUCCUGACUGGUGGCAUCUUCCAUCCUCCUUCUUCGAGAGUAUGUCAGCGAGUCAGCAACUCACCUAACGACAGUAGACGAUCCCUAGAACCUGCUAAAGUUGCGUUCAGAUUCUAUGACCCUCAAAGCACUAAGGAAAGUGAUGUAGUAUACGCUGUGUUAGAGCCUACUGCAGAGCCAGGAGCUGACACCUCUCCUCCUCACCCUGACAAGGACGGAGUACACGUGUCAGUUGUGUUAGCUGGAGUGGGGAGCGCGUACAGACAUGAUUUGAUUAUUGGAGAGGAGAACCCUGCAGCUGACCCCCCUAGGGAGGAUGGAGUGAGGAACCCUUACUCCGUGAGCUACAGGACUACAGACGUGAACAGUAAACAACUUGGGAGAAACACUUUCGCUAUUAGACCCUCAAAAUCAGCGCACAGAUCUCACCGCACUAAACAGAUGCUGCCCUCCUCUAGAAGCGAAGUGAUGGCAGGAGAAGAUCAGCUACGAGAACCUCGAGAGAAACCUCGAGCCUCAAGCCACCCAAUAGGUGUAUCCUCACCAGUAUUCGGGAAGGGCCGACCCCCAACUAACCUGUAUCACAACUUACAUCGUGUGAAACCAGUCCAGUCAUGGAACCCGACUAAAGCUAGUACCGCUACUAAUGGGGAGUCUAGUGCCCCUUCACCUGCAGAUGCGGGAGACCUCAGGACUCAGCCCGUCGCUAACUUUACUUCGUCAUACGUCGACAAAAUCCUUACUAAGAAACUGUCCCCAGGUCACUCAGUUCCUAAAACUCAAUAUAAGAUGGUCGGCUCUCUGCUUACUCGGACGGAGGGCCACCUCCGAGUUGAAGACAACGUGCCGCGCGGCUCAGAUCACGUGUCUCCAAAUCACCUAGCACGUGGUAACGAGAUAGUGAAGCGUAAUGGUGAUGUUACUACGCAACCGCCACCUAGCAACAAGGAUCAGCCUAAAAGACACAGAUCCUUAGCGGCUCUCACCAGAGGGAACACGCGCAAAGGGAGUGAUCUGCACUCUUCUUCAACUAGCCCUCCGGAGGGUCAGAAGCGACUCAAACAAACGAGAGACCCCGAAAGACCGCAAAUUCCUCAAAGCGGCCAAGUGGCGUGAGCCAGUUUAACUUAGGGGUCCUCUCACCUUCCCUCGCUGUCGCCCCAAACCCUGACAGAGUUCUUGUAAAACAGACUAAAAGUAAAGGGGUCCGGCUGGGCUUUAGACCUCACAAAUUAUAGAUUCAAAUUAUACAUUCAGACUUUAUAAUGGGUAAUUAUACAAAUAUUCUUAAACUUGGCGUGAUAAAAUGAUGACAUUACUGGUUACGAGGAUGAUAGUGUGACUAUAUUUAUCUUUCGUGAGUCGCAAAUAAAUUAUGGUUUCACGGAUUUGAUAUCUUGAAUACAGGGAUUGUGAUUUCCAUGCUUACUGCUACCGGAAAUGUUUUAUAAGUUUUAUAUAUUCCAGAAAUUUACUUACAUUUAAAGAACGUCCUGUACAGUGUAGAGGGAUACUUUCUGUCGAUUGUAUGUACAUUGUACAUAUUGUAAAUGCUUUGUCAAAGGAUGAUUUGAGUUUUCUAUUAAA